AUGGCGAGGAAGGGAGACGCUUCCACGUCGCCCUUCGGUGAACCAAGGAAAUUCGAUCCAAAGUUCAGAGGACCCAUUCAUAACAGGCACUGCACAGAUGUGGUUUGCUGUGUGAUCUUCAUAGCCGUCAUUCUGUCUUACAUUGCGUUAGGAAUAGUGGCUUGGGUGCAUGGCGACCCCAGGAAAGUGAUUUAUCCAACGGACAGCUAUGGGCAGUUCUGUGGUCAAAAAGACACCCCCAAUGAGAACAAGACCCUUUUAUUUUACUUUAACAUUCUGAAAUGUGCCAGCCCAGCAGUGUUAAUAAAUCUGCAGUGCCCUACAACACAGCUCUGUGUCUCAAAGUGCCCAGACAGGUUUGCAACCUACAUAGAUGUUCAGGCUUCCUACAGAUAUAAAGCAGAUCACUGGAAUUACUUCAAGCAAUUCUGCAAACCUGGUUUUAACAAUCCUCGCAAGUCUGUUGCUCAAGUCCUGCGUGAUGAAGAUUGCCCUUCGAUGAUCAUUCCAAGCAGGCCUUUUCUUAAGAGAUGCUUUCCAGACUUCUCCACAAAGAAUGGCGUACUGACUGUGGCUAAUCAGACUACCUUCAAGGACGGAAGAGGGAAGACCAGAAAUGUAACUGAUCUGAGGGAAGCUGCAAAUGGCAUCAAUAUUGUCCUGGAUGCAAGAUCGGUUGGAAUGAAAAUUUUUGAAGAUUAUGCCAGUUCUUGGUAUUGGAUUUUAAUUGGGCUGUUAAUUGCAAUGGUCGUGAGUCUGCUCUUCCUUGUGCUGUUAAGGUUCACUGCUGGGGUGCUUUUUUGGAUCUUCAUCUUUGGUGUGAUYGGAAUUAUAGGAUAUGGUACCUGGCAUUGUUACUGGGAGUACAGUCAUCUGAAGGGAACACCUGGAUCUGACCUCACUGUUUAUGAUAUUGGAUUYCAGACAGACUUCAGAGUGUACCUGCAGCUGAGGCAGACAUGGUUAGCAUUUAUGAUAAUACUAUGUGUUGUUGAGGUUGUAAUCAUAUUGAUGCUGAUCUUCCUGAGGAACCGGAUCCGCAUUGCUAUUGCACUGUUGAAGGAAGGCAGUAGAGCUAUUGGCUAUAUAAUGUCUACGUUGUUCUACCCAAUCGUCACCUUCCUACUCAUUGCAAUUUGUAUUUCCUACUGGGCUGUGACAGCUGUUUUUCUGGCUACAUCAGGAGAGCCAGUGUAUAAGGUAAUGGCUAAUCAAACACUGUGCAAGUAUGCAAACCUGAGCUGUGACCCAGAGACUUUCAACAAAACCAACGUGACCAAACUCUGUCCAGGUGCUCAAUGUACUUUUGCAUUUUAUGGAGGAGAAAGCCUGUACCAUAAAUAUAUCUUCAUCUUUCAGUUAGCCAAUGCCUUUGUCUUUCUUUGGCUGGUGAACUUUGCAAUUGCACUGGGUCAGUGUACCCUUGCUGGUGCCUUUGCCUCUUACUACUGGGCCUUUAGGAAACCUGCUGAUAUUCCACUGUGGCCACUCUUCUCUUCAUUUGGCCGAGCGAUACGGUACCAUACAGGUUCACUGGCGUUUGGAGCCUUAAUUCUUGCAAUUGUCCAACUUGUUAGAGUAAUCUUGGAGUACUUGGAUCACAAACUGAAAGGCACACAAAACUCCUUCACUAGAUUUCUACUCUGCUGCCUCAAAUGCUGUUUCUGGUGUUUGGAAAAAUUUAUAAAAUUUAUAAACAGAAAUGCCUACAUCAUGAUUGCCAUAUAUGGAAAAAACUUCUGCACCUCAGCAAAGGAGGCAUUCUACCUGCUCAUGCGUAACGUGGUGAGAGUUGCAGUUCUGGACAAAGUUACAGACUUUCUUUUAUUCCUGGGGAAAAUUCUCGUUGCUGGUGGUGUAGGUGUGCUCGCCUUCUUCUUCUUCACUCAGCGAAUACCGAUAUUUGCCAAGGAAGCACCAACAUUGAACUACUACUGGGUGCCCUUGCUGACUGUCAUCAUCGGCUCCUACUUGGUUGCACACGGAUUCUUCAGUGUCUAUGCAAUGUGUGUUGACACACUUUUCCUCUGCUUUUGUGAAGACCUGGAAAGAAAUGAUGGAUCUACAGCAAAGCCCUACUUCAUGUCGGCUAGCCUUCACCGGAUCCUGGGAAAGAAGGAACUAAGCCCGAAGAAGGCAGUGGGAUAAUGUGCAGUAAACCUCAACAUCACAAGAGUGUCACUUUUAAGCAACACAUGUACAAAGUAGGCAAAAGUAAAAACUGUAAAUGAUGCUUCUGGUUAAUGGGUGAUUCUUUUUCCUUUUACUUCUAUCUAUAAAAAAUGAGCAACAUGGAUAACAGUUAACUAGAUAACUAUAUUCUUAAACUAACAGCUGUGAAACAAGGCCACAUUUUAGUUUAUAGAGUGCCUGUCAAAAGGAAAAUGUAAAUUUGAAGCUUUUUUAAGUCUAUAAUGAAUAAUGUUUUAAUAACUUUUUUAACACAAUUUGCUGCAUCAAAGAACAGCAUUUUUGAUAACGUUUCUUUUUAUAAGUGUAUAUUUGUAAAAGAUAUUCAGGCAAUUUUCUGAAAGCACUACCCUAUAACCUAAUUAGCCAUAAAAAUAGUUUGAGAAUUUCUAUUUAACCAGCAGAUGGUACUAAAUUUGUAAAUAUGGUGCUAUGAUUGUAUUUUUUGUACAAGCUGGUUCACAGCCAUUUAAACUGUGAUAAUACAUGCAUUAAUGAUUCCCUACACUGGAAAACAUGGUAAUGUUUUAAUCACAUCCACAACUGUGUAUUUUAAGGAACAAAGGAYGGUACCCUGUAGACCCAAAGAAGAUGGCCAGACAAGACCACAGUGGAUGGCACUUAAAGUGAAGUUUUCUGUGAAGUGUGUUUAACAGGUGAUAUAAGUGAGGGAAGGUCCCAUUGCAUUUAAUAUGAUUUGUGGCUCACACAAAUGAGGUUUCAUCUGGUAAAAGAUGGCAAAUGUAUUGUUUUCAGAUGAUAUGUAUGAGAGAUGUCCUUGUUUUAAUGUCCCCAUCUCUAGUGACUCUCUGAUUAUUAUCUGCAUUACAAGAAAGUUGCGCUUUGCUAAAAGGAAAAUCAAAUGCAGCUUUUCUCAGAGGAAAGCCUURGCUCUACGUGUGCACACAGGUCCCAUUGCCUCAGCCAGCUCAGAAGGGCUUCCUAGAGACACUGCAACGACCAAGCUGAUGCCAAAGGCAAAGCACGUGUUCUUAGGUCUCCAAACACUCAGCGGCUCCAGCAGUAAUGUAUUGGGUAAGAAACAGAACCAGAUCCUCUGAUGACACAGGAUUAUAUCACUGAUGAAAGAUGCUCCAAAUGAUUGAGUAUGCUUUUAGAUUAUUGAAGUUGCCUGAUUAUUAAAGUAUCAAUAUAAAUCACACUAAUCUUCUGUACAGAUCUAUAAACCCCCUUAGAUUCAACUGUUAUCAAGGUYAGUGACAGUUCUGCUCAGAGGAAAAGCAACUCUGUAUUGCAGUGUUAAAAAGAGCAGUACCUAAGUCCUUAAGCCUGAGAAAAUGAAAGAUGUUUUUCAAGACUGUUAUUUCCAUGAGCUGAACUGCAGAUGUUUUACUGCAGUAAUGCGUGCCAGAGCCCCUGUCCCCAGUUUUCAUGGGUUCUGUGGUACUAAACAAGGACAUUAAUUUAGUCCGCUUUUCAGGAGCAGCAUAUUCUUCCCAGAUCUACUGUUACAGAAAUUCAGCUCUUAGAAAUGUUUUUUUUUUUUAGCCCAGGUUAUCCAUAGAUACCACAAAGAGAAAGGCAAGUUCUACUCCAGUUGAUUAACUUCAGAUGUUGGGGGAAAAUUUACUGCCAGCUCACAACCCAGAGUGAUAUUGCAUUUGUGACUCCAGUCUGUGAUCAUUUUAUUUGCAACAAAAGCARAAAGCCUCUCCCUUGUGCUGCUUCUCUGGGGCACUGGUAAUGCCCCAGUGCUCCAUGCAUUUGAAGUCCUGGACAGGUAGGACCUCCUGAGCCUGCAAGCUGUAGCAUUAGUGACAGAACACUGAUGGGCUUCUGUCCAGGGAGCCCCGUAGCUCUUCUGAAGCAGAAAUGGGGGACUUAGGACUUAAACAGCAUAAGAUAAAGGCAUACAGCUUCAAACGAAGCUAGUGAUUUUGGACAUCUUCAUUUUUGAGAACCCUUUUGCAAUACCUUAGAGUAAACCUGACUUCCAGAAAGGGCUGAACCUGCCUUCCAAAAAUCAGGUGCUUCACUGAGGAGUAGAAGAUUUUCCACCAUUGUCAUCAUUCCCAUCUAAUCAUGUGCAUGAUGCUGAAUAUUAACCUCCUAAAAUACUAAUCUAUUCUGAGUAAUGAAUCAACAAUUUGGGGGAAGUUUGUGCCACCUUUUCAUGAUUUAGAAGUUGCUGGACUAUGAGUCCCGUCCAAGCUCCGAUGUAAUUCUGAUUGACUGCUGUCCAGUUAGUUUGCA